UAGAACCCUACUUCCAUCAAUCGCCAAAAACCCUACUUUCCUCCCUCUCUUUCUCGCCGCCGGCGACUUUCAGACGCCAUGGAGGCUCAGGCGGUGAAGACGAACCUCGUUCUCAUAUUGGACUUUGGUUCGCAGUACACUCACCUCAUCACCCGCCGAAUCCGGAGCCGCUCCGUCUUCUCUCUGUGCGUCUCCGGCACGUCCUCUCUCAAAUCCAUCGCCGACCUCAACCCUAGCGUAAUCGUCCUAUCCGGCGGCCCCCACUCGGUCCACGCUCCAGAUGCGCCGUGUUUCCCGGACGGAUUCAUCGAAUACGUGGAGUCCAACGGCGUGUUCGUUCUCGGCAUAUGUUAUGGCUUGCAGUUGAUCGUGCAGCGGCUUGGCGGCGAGGUGAGGAUUGGGGAAAAGCAGGAGUAUGGGAGGAUGGAGAUUGAGGUGGUGAAGGAUUGCGGCCUGUUUGGGUCCAAGAAGGUUGGGGAUAGUCAGGUCGUGUGGAUGAGUCACGGCGACGAGGCAGUCAGACUGCCCGAUGGGUUUGAGGUGGUGGCGCGGAGCCAGCAGGGGUCAGUGGCGGCGGUGGAGAACCCUGCUCGGCGGUUUUAUGGGCUUCAGUAUCAUCCGGAGGUAACACAUUCACCAGAAGGCAUGGAGACACUGCAGUAUUUUCUCUUUGAUGUUUGUGGAGUGACCGCAGGCUGGAAGAUGGAAGAGGUACUUGAUGAAGAAACAGAAGUUAUCAAAGGCAUGGUGGGACCUGAUGAUCACGUAAUUUGUGCAUUAUCUGGGGGUGUGGACUCCACAGUUGCAGCCACCCUUGUUCAUAGGGCAAUUGGAGACAGGCUUCAUUGUGUUUUUGUUGACAAUGGUUUAUUGAGGUACAAGGAGAGAGAGCGGGUGAUGGAAACCUUCGAGAAGCAUCUUCACUUGCCUGUUACCUGCGUUGAUGCAACAGAGCAAUUUCUUAGCAAGCUGAAAGGUGUAGUUGAUCCUGAGAUGAAGAGGAAAAUCAUUGGAAAGGAAUUCAUCUGCAUCUUUGAUGCUUUUGCUCAAGAUUUGGAGCAUAAAUUAGGAAAGAGACCUGCUUACUUAGUCCAAGGAACUUUAUAUCCGGAUGUGAUUGAAUCUUGUCCACCCCCUGGAAGUGGAAGAAACCACUCUCAUACAAUCAAGAGCCAUCAUAAUGUUGGAGGGCUCCCAAAGGACAUGAAGUUGAAGCUCAUUGAACCGCUUAAACUUUUAUUCAAGGAUGAGGUUCGUGAAUUGGGGAGGAUCUUGGAUGUUCCUCAGAGAUUUCUUAAACGCCAUCCAUUCCCUGGACCUGGGCUUGCAGUACGAGUUUUGGGUGAUGUCACUGAAGGAAAUGCCUUGGAGAUCCUUCGCCAGGUGGAUGAGAUAUUCAUUCAGUCAAUUGAUGAAGCUGGUAUUUAUGAUUCUAUAUGGCAAGCCUUUGCUGUGUUUUUGCCAAUAAAAUCUGUUGGAGUUCAAGGAGAUCAAAGAACACAUUCCCAUGUUGUUGCUCUUAGAGCUGUCACAAGUCAAGAUGGGAUGACUGCAGACUGGUACAAUUUUGAGCACAAGUUCCUUGAUGAUGUGGCCAGAAAGAUUUGCAACAGCGUCCGGGGAGUCAACAGAGUUGUUCAAGAUAUUACAUCAAAGCCUCCUUCAACAAUCGAGUGGGAAUGAUACUAUGUACUUGGAUUAGUUUCUAGGGUAUAUAGCUUGUCUUGCACUUCAAACGUGGGUGAGGGCGGCAAGAAAAGUAACGAGUCAUUGGGAUGUUUGGGCCUAAACUUGAAACAUGCAAUGUACUCGGCCCUGGAUCUUGUAGGGAUUCUUUCUAUGACAUUGCUUUGAACUAUCAAUAAAUUUUUGUUGAAGCAAAUGUUUUACUUUUCAAGUGCAGGCUGUUCAUCCUACAUGUAUUUUGAUUGUUACAGAUCUAGUCUACUAUUCAGAAUUAAUGAAUGUGUUUUUUAUUUAA